AUGAUCGCCCGACUCGCCAUCGCUGCCCUCUUCGUCUCCAGCUCUUUCGCUUGUCUUCCAGGACUCGGAGGACUCGGAGGAGGAUGUGGAGGAGCUGCUUCUCCAUGUGCUGCUCCACCAAUGCCACCACCAGUUGCCUGUGGAGGAGGAUGCGGAGCUGCUCCAUAUCCAGCCGGUCCAAUGGCUGCUCCAUACCUGGCUCCAGCCGCUAUCGCUCCUCCACCACCACCACCACAAGGAGCCGUCAUCGGAGUUGGAGCUCAGCCAGCAAUCUAUUCCGCCCCUCUUCCAGCUGGAAACGCCUACGUUGGACAAGGAAAAUAA